AUGUCAGUGUUUCCAUACAUCGACACUCCAGCCCAGAUCAUCACGGUUCCUCCACCGUUGACUUGCUUCGACAUGAGUUUCGGCGUCACCCUGAGCCCGACAGACCAAGCACAGGCAGACGCAGACAGCGAGACGAAGCGCGACAAGGAUGCACUGGAGAGUACAAUGCGCGACCCUGCUUCACGGGCUCCUCACACGGAUUUACUGCGGCUACACGCGCUCCCACCCGCUCGCCUCGGCCACCUGCUCCGGAUCCCUACGAUUCCAGUCGCCGCUUGGUGGAAGUAUGUGCAGGAGCUUGAUCUAUCUUGA